ACAGAACCCUGUUGCCAGGUGACGUGUCGCGUUAGUUCCGAGGACAUUGGGUAUCAUAUAUAGGCCAGUUGACUUGCGCAAGAAGUUUAUCCGUUCACGCACACGGCGCCGUAAUCUAGUUUAGCGCUCAUCGUAAUGCUCCAAUGGCCGAACAGCAGAACCCUUUGGAGAAGACCGGACGGGGUUGUAUGUUGCACAACUGGGUAGAGGAGAGGGCCGUUGCUCCUCUUGACACUCAGAAGACGAGGUUACAACUUCUCAAACAAGGACACGGAGGGAUCCUCACGAUGGACCAGGAUUCCAAAAUGGAGACCGUCACCACUCUGAGAGCGAGUUACGUCCCUCCAAAAGGUCCAGGGGUGAGACUGCGGGGCAUCAGAGGCGAGCUUUUGGAAAAACAUAUCGCAGAGAUGAUGAGAGACGAGGUUCAGGCUGAACUGAAUACGCCGAGUCCUGAAAUGGACUACUGCUCCACGACCCAGAAAGAUUUCUGUGUUGAGGGAUUUGUGCCCCUCACCCCCGAGACAACACAAGUUCACGAUUAUAAAACUGACGAGGCCGUCACCUUUUGGAGUGAGAAUUACCAGCGGAUACAGGGUGUGACUGCCGUGCAGAACCCGAAGGCACCUUUCAGGAGGUCGGCCCUGUUCAGCACUCCGAUCAGCGAGCGGCUGGAUGAAAUCGAGCUCCCACCUGAUAACUGAGGCAGUAUGUCAGUUCAGUUCAAGUUGAUAUUAAAGUGGUUGUCCACUCUGAAGGGAAUCGUUGUUAGUGACGUGACACGUCCGCUGGUAAUAAGCUUCCAUGUUUAAAUCUGAAAACCAUGAAGUCAAUGGAAUGGCAGCCUUUCAGCCCUGAAUAUCUACACAUAGAAAAUGUUAAUAGACAUUGGGAAGAUUAUUUUGUUUUAGUAAUCCUGCCAGAAAUAAACAAACAAAAAUGUCA